UAGGAGUCGAGUGGCUAGCUGACAAGUUGCGUCGGGGUGGAAAUGGGCAGGGAACAGGAGCUUGUACGCAUUCGGGCCGUGAAGUGUUGGUUCCGCGAAGGGGGUCAACUUCUGUGUCUUCGUGAUCUUUCUCGUGUUAUUACUUUCGACGAAAUAAUACAAACUCAAUUUUAAUGUCUUUUGCGUACCAGUGUCUUAAGAUUAUUUAUAUGGGGAUCGUGGAGCGCUAGAAGAUGCUGGGAGACGAUCCACCGUACCUAUCAGUGGGUACGGAGGUUAGUGCUAAAUACAAGGGUGCCUUCUGUGAAGCAAAAAUUAGGAAAGUGGUACGAUCGGUAAAAUGCAGAGUGACUUAUAAACAAGGUUUGGGCACUGCGACUGUAGCUGAUGACCAGAUAAAAGGAACUUUAAGAGUAGGUACAUCCGUCGAAGCCAGACACGGGGAUCGGAAAGAAUUUGUAGAAGCUACGAUCACCAAAAUCCAAGACUGCAGUCAAUAUACUGUAGUUUUUGAUGAUGGAGAUAUUACAACAUUGAGGAGAACUGCACUUUGUUUGAAGAGUGGGCGACAUUUUGCAGAGAGCGAAACUUUGGACCAACUCCCUUUGACUCAUCCAGAACAUUUUGGGAACCCAGUAAUUGGGGGCAGAAGAGGACGGCGGUCUAGACAAGCACAAGAUGAAAGUAGCGACGAUGAAGAUAGCCCUCCGCGGGGAACUCGUGACUCAGGUUCUAGUGGAACUGGGAAAGAAGGAAUGGAGACAGAACCUGAGAUCGGACGGGUUGUAUGUGUGGAACUUGGAGAUAAAAAGAAAAAAGAUAACUGGUUCCCUGGGUUAGUGGUUGCACCAACGGCUCAAGAUACAGUGAGAAUUCGAGUGAGAGAUGACUAUCUCGUGCGAUCGUUUAAGGAUGCACGAUAUUAUACAGUUCCAAAGAAAGAAGCUACUGAAUUUACGAAAGAACUUGUCAACAAAGUUGAGAACAGUACAUUGAAGGUUGCAGUAGAGAAGGCACUGCUAUUUUUAGAAAAGAAUGAGUUGCCUCCCCAUUGGGACAGGGAUUCUCUUUUUGGACAUUCUGUAUCAAGUGGAAACAGCGAUUCCGAUAGAGAACUUGAUUCGGAUAGUUCAGACGAUGAACCGCGCGAAGAAAAAGAUCAUUUUGUGGCACAAUUAUACAAAUUCAUGGAUGAUCGUGGAACACCUAUUAAUAAUUGUCCAAUGAUUGGAUCCGAGGACAUAGAUUUAUACAGAUUAUUUCGAGCUGUCUAUAAAUUGGGAGGUUACAAUCGCGUCACAAAUCAAAAUCAAUGGAAAUUGAUAACGCGUCGUCUGAGCUUUACGAUGCAAAAUUCCCCCUCUACGCACAAUUUGGUUAAACAGGCCUACAAGAAAUUCUUGCACUCGUUCGAAGAUUUUUAUAGAAAAUUAGGUUGUACUAUGGUGAAUCAUCCAAGGGGUUCAAUACGUAAGCAACGUCCUGGUAGAAGUCUGAUUAGGGAUAAAGACAGAAAUACACCGGUACCGCCGCAAGUAUCAGUCGUUAAAAACGAAAAGGAGGAAGAAGAUAAGAAAGUCACGGAGGAUGAAAAGAAGGAAAAGAAAGAAGUUAAAAAGGAAUUGGUGAAAGAAGAAGAAAUUAUAAAAAUUAAGAAAAAGGAUGAGUUUGAAGAAAGCGGUAGUGGGCAGGAAAGCGAUGUGAAUAUAGAAGGCGAGGCAGAAUCAUCCAGUAGCGAAAAAUCUCAAAAAAUUUCAACGUCUUUAACGCUGCAGAAUAGAGGCAAGUCUAAAAGUAAAGAGGAUCCAAAAAAGAAAGUUAUAGAUAAGAAGAAAAAUGAACCCAAAAAACAAGAGAAAAAGGAUGACAAAACAAAAGAAGAAGAAGCUGCUAAAACGAGAUCUAAAUCUAAAGAUGACACUGUAAAAAGUAAAACGUCUUCAGAAACUAGGGAAACGCGAACUCCAUCCAGAGAAUCGGAAAGAAAAGUUCUGACGAAACAGAGACGUCUAACGGACGAGGAAUUGAAAAGACGUGGGCGAAAGCGUAAAGAAUACGAGGCAGAGAAAUUACGUUCCGAUGAACAGUUAGCAGAUUCCGCACCUUGCUACAAGUGUCCUAUAGAAUUAGGGGAUAGAUUAAAGGUAUAUUACGGACCUACUCACGAAUCUAAAGUCACUUACGAAGCGAAAGUUAUUGACAUGGAAAAGGUUGGCGUAGAACGAACAUAUCUUGUUCAUUACACCGGCUGGAAUACAAGAUACGACGAAUGGAUUAAAGCAUCAAGAAUAGCACAGAAUUUUACACAAGCUCAAGGUAGAGUAAAACGUAUUAAAGCUACUUCGCGACCACAAACUCCCAGUACGAAUUUAUCUAAUAAUGUGAACAAAUCGUCGAAAAUUGUUUCUAACGCAAGUUCGUCUCAAAGUCGUCGUCGAGCACAAAGCGUAGCACCUACGACAACGUCGGUUGUUUCUUCGACGUCUGUGAAGGAACUAAAGAAAGAAGAAAAGGAUAAAGAAGCGUCCCAACCAGCUAGAUCUACAACACCACUGUCUGUUACAAGUUCCAGUUCCAGAACUAAAAGUCCAGCAACGCCAGCAAACAAUAGGCAGACACGAACAACAAGAAAUACCGAUGUGUCCGGUGUGGAACAUCGAAGACGUACGAGAAGAAUGUCAGGGCACACGGAUAUAUCAGUCGCGUCAGAAACUGAAGAUAGCGAGGUAUACGAUUCCGACACCACGGAACCAGAACAAACAAGAACCAAAUCUAAAGGUACGGACGAAAGAAAACGUAGAGAAGCAAAAUGUAGAGCGGAGGAUAGAAUAAAGCCUGAUGAAACCAGCGAAGGUGAAGAAGAUAAAGAUAAUAUGGAGGAACCACGUAGAGCUAGACGUUUAAGAAGAGCAAUCGGUAAAUCACAAGGUAUAAAAUCCGAACCGGAUAGCGACGAAGAACAACCUAAAGGUCGAGAUUUCGAUUUAAAUCAAAUACGAUCCGAACUAAAAGGUUUCGACAAAGCGGUGAAAUUAGAACUCGUCAGAGUUGAACCUGACCCAGAAGACGAGAUAAAACUAGAAGAAAACGAGAACAUUGUUUUAGUUUCACCGAAAUUGGAGAAAAAUUUGGAACCGUCGAAAUUAGAAACAACUCCCGAGUCUAAGAUAAUAGAUAAUACAGAAGAUAUUUAUGAAUUUAAGGAGCCGGAACCGUUUGAAUUUGAAGUGCGAAAUAAACGAGACACAAGCGGGGAAAAGGACAAAGUCAAAAAGAGAGUAUUCGAAGAGGAACCAAAAAGUCCUAAAAAGAAACAAAAAAUGAUCAUGUCGCCGGUCAUGAAAGAAGUCAAGUCGGAAAUAGAUAAUGAUUCACGAAAGAAAGCGAAGAAAUUAUUUAGCAAAAGGAUCGAUGAUAUUAUAGAAAGUCCACCUGCUCACAAAUCAUUACAGUCUACAUCAUCGACAACAACGUAUGAAGAAGCAUUUGAUAAACUUUGUGAAUCAUCACCAUUUAAUCAAGUAAAAGUUACACCUAUUAUUAAAGAAACGGACAAAAUAACUAACGGCAUAGAUCUUUUGUUUAGCGAUUUACCCGGUGACGAUGAUGGUGCUCACGACGAUUCGGAAGAUCGCUUGAUAAUAUCAGAGGCAGAAGUUUCAGAAGCGGAACAAGAAAACUUAUUUACUUAUCAGCAAGAAAUGUUUCCUGCCGGCGACAUGAACGACUCGUUGGAAUCUAGUAAAGAGGAUUCAAAUCCACAGAUUGAAUCUGUAAGGGAAGAGUUAACAACAGUUUCAAGUAAGCCGGAUCUAUCAAUGGAUCAAAAGGAAACUGUUAAGUUGUCUCCGUUGCAUAGACAAUCUCCAGAAUUAAAAACACUUGAUACAAAAUUAUUAGAGAUCACACCUGUUUUAUCUCCUGUUGUAGUAGUUCCAGCACCAAUUAGCGCAAGAUUGCCAGCCACGUCUUCGAUAGAAGAGAAACUUUCAGCCGCAAUGGCUUUCCGCAAUAAAAUAAAAGAUAUUAAAAAAGACGACGAAAUUCCCGAAGUUGUAUGGAAACCUUCAAAAGAAAUUUCCAAGAAGUUAGAUACUAUAAUUGUACAGAAAACUAAAGACGAUCAAAGUAGGCCUAAAAUAGACAUUGAGAAUAAAAAGCGGGAUGAGGAAGAAGCUGCUAUGAAUAGCGAAGAGCAGUGUAGGGAAAUAAUGCGUGUGGUGAUUAAGCAAAAAGAGGAAGAACUUCAACAACUUAAGCUGAAGAAAGAAGUAGAGCUGAAGAAGUUUGUCGAAACAAAAGCGGAACACAAGAACAUACAAGAGGCCGGAGAGGAAGAAUGGAAACGCGUGGAGAACGAGGAAUCGAAGAAGUUGGAUGACGAAUUUAAAGAACACGACUUUAAAGAACAGGAAAAAGAGAAACGUAAGAAGAUAGUUAGUCAAGAAAUAGUGGAUUCUGCGGACAGUAGUGAUUCCGAGCAGAGGCUAGUCAUUGAUAACGGGGAACCCCAAGAUGUAAAAACACCAUCAAAUUUCGAUGUUAAAUUAAGAGCAGAAUUGGAUAGACUCCAAGAUACGCAGGAGAGGUAUUCAAAAUUACAAACGCAAAAGUCUAUGCAGCAUUUAAAGCAUCAACAACAAGAAUGCAUUGCCGAAUGUAAAACUGAGAGUAUACCUGUUAUAAAAGCGGACGAGGAAGGAGAGGCGAUUAAUUCCUUAUUAUGCGAAGAAGAAAUACCGGGCUCACCGGCGCCAAUUUCUGAAAGUAUUGAACAAAUAAAUGCCGGUCCAUCCUGUUCUCCUCCGAAAGUUGAAACAUCGGAAAGUAGUAUAGUACUCAUGGAAAUGCCGUUUGCUAGUGCACCUACUUCCGGUCAAAGUACAACCAGCAGUACCGUGGUUACAUUGAGCAUGGCACUGCCAAAGACUGUAGAAACAUCCGUUCCAGUUUCUUUGCCGAUGCAACAAAAUCCUACUCUAGGCGUGAGACAACAAUCGCACCAUCAACAUUUGCCCGCGUUAAUGCCUGCACAGAGACGCGAAAGCAACGAAGCAGCGCCCGUAAUGGACAAUACCCCUCCGACCACGCCGGACUCUAGUAUUUCCAAUAUCUCUGGAUCGCCCAGAGAAGAAAGAACAGGUGGUUCCUCGCCAACGUCCGAGGAUAAUAUGAAACUCAAUCGUGAAAGUUCCGAAGCGGACAAUGAUAGCGGUGGUAAAGGUCCUGGAUUCAGCGAAGACGAUACAUUGCCAACCGUUGAAGGAAACUCGGCAGAUAGAAUAUUGAAACCACCAGCGAAACGAUCCGUCGAAGAAACACAGUCUCCGAAAAAACGCAAGAGAAGUAGAAAACAUUCAGAAUGUGAGAAAAAUACUACGAAGAAAACCGGACGGCACAGUGGUAGACAUGGUAGACAUGGUGCUGGCAGCGAUAGCGACGAUACGAGCGAAGGUUCCAAUUUAUGUGGAGUUAACUCAACACCUGCAAAUCAUACGAAUAUCGCUGCUACCGUUGCCGAUCUUAGUAAUUAUUCGUCGAGAUCACCACGGCCCACAAAAUAUAAUUUCUAUGUGGAAUUAGAUCCUGAAUUGGAUGGAAGUCAAAGGAUAGCUGUAUUGCAGCAAAAAUUAACUGAAUUACGUAAAACGUACAAUGCCGUGAAAGUUGAACUCGCCGCUAUUGAAAGACGCAGAAAAAAAUUAAGGAGAAGGGAACGCGAAGCUAUAAAAGCAGCCAAAGCAGAAAUGCAACAGGCCUGUUCGUGAUGAGCUGCUUUAAAACGUUCUAUUUCACUUAACGUGCGCUAAAGAAAAACUUUUAUACAAUACCGGGAGAUAAUAGAGUAGCAUCAUUAUAUGGACAACCUGCAAUCGCAGCAGACUUCAUGACAAUUUUUAUCUACCUAACAUCGCUUAGGUAACUUUUCCCCCACUAAUAUAAAUUGUAGAUAUAGAUAUAAGAUUUAGUAUAAAGGAGGAACAUUUAUCAGAAUGAAAAUAUAUAUUCAUAUAUGCUUUAUGUUGUACAUUGUUUUGUCAAGAACGUAAUGUGGCUGUUAAAAAAUCUUUAUCCUCAAUUUGUCAUUUCACCUGCUCAGAUGCAAAGUACAAAUUAUCGAACUUGAUGAUCAUUUCAUCGUUCAUUCUUCUUUUUUUAAGAAAAGGCUGAGAAAAACGUUACCGAUAGUAUGUUAUUAUAAAGACAUCUUGGGAACAAAUAAUUGUCUAAGCCGUCUGUCAUUUCUGUUUCGAGCAUAGCUUGUAGCACCGUUGGCGGUUGAGCUGUUUUCAGGACGAUAAAAUAAAGACAUCAUUACACGCGCGAGUGCAACAACCAUUAUGUAUUUUCUAGGAUAGAAAAUUUGUAUAUAUUAGUAGUAGUAACGUAUAGUGGUUUCCAAUAUACGUAUGUACGUAAAUAUAAUCGUAGGCGUCCUUACGAUUAAAAAUUUUUUUAUUUAAAUAAAACGUUACAAUUUGAUGUGGAUUUUAAAGUAAUAAGAAAAUGAUCAUAUUGAAAGCAAUGUUCGUUUGUACGUUAACAAAUGAUUGUACAUUGACAGCGCAUGUGAGAUAUAGCACAAUUUUUAACUUCUAAAAGAGGGAUAAUUUUAAUUUAUGUACAUAAUAUACAUGAAUAAAAUAUCGUAUUAUAGUUGUUCUAAAAUACGAAACACUAAAGUUUAUUGUAAUUAACAAUCACACUCGUAAUUGAAAAUAAAUUCCCUGACAAAGUGCAUAGAAUUCAGUUCUUGACUAUGCAAUUGUCAUGAAUGCAGCUCAACAAAAUUAAUAAAUUUACAGCCUUUUGCAUUAUAUCUGAAAAAAUUGCUGCCAUUGUGCUUUAAUCAUCACGUAGGUAUUAGACGUUCAUCGUCAUAUAUCAUAAUUGGUCAAAGAUGCAUUUAUAUUUGUAUUUGGGUGUCAAGAGUACCCCAGGUAUUAAUAAAUAAAAAAGAAAACAAAAAAGUUAAACUUAAGGAACAAGUCGCAGAAAACGAAAUCAAAUACCCUGAAUGGUGGAACUAAAUUUGUACGAAAACAUGUUGGCUGAAAAGAGAAUGAAAUUUUAUAUAGAUAUAUAUUAUAUAUUUUUUAUAAAAAAAUCAGUCGUGGACGUGUUUUAUAAUAUCGGACAACAUAGUCGCACACACUGAUUGCGGGAAAGAGGAAUGAAAAUUAAGACUUGGGCUCCGCAAAUCUUUGUACAUAUUUUACAUUGUGUGUGUGUUGAAACAUUCAUAAAUCAGAUUUCAGUAGUUGUUUAUCGCAUAUGGAUAUAGCUGCGCAUAUUAUUGUAUAAUGGUUUCAGAAGUCUUGCAGUAGCACAUGCUAUACACGUUUGUUUUAAGAAGUUCAGAGGAUGUGUAUCGACACUUAUUGUGAAUUUUACGAAUUCGAUGAAACAGUAAACGACAGAAAAUCUAUUAAACUCCAUGAAAGCUGAUAUAAUGAAACUAUAAUAUUUAUGUUACUAUUUUCUUCGUAUUACAUUUUAUUUUAACAUAACAUAAUGAAGUUGCAUAGAAAGUAUAUGGAACUAUUUCAUUUCCAAAAUUAAUGACAAUAACAAAUAUUUGUAGGCAGCCAAAUACAAAGAAGUUUGAUAAAAGUGCAAGAUAAUAGACAACGGUAUUGCGAUGUGAGUAAUACAAUGUUAGUCGAUAAUAGGAUUCUAGAUUUUGUUUUAAUAGAAAAUCAUUUUGUUCUACAAAACUUCACUUAAGCAUUACAUGCCUUGCAAUAUUUUAG